ACGUAAGUGGCGUCAGUACAGGCUUGCUGCAGCUAAACUUGAAUUUAAUGAUGUCGGGACAUUCAACGCCCGAUAGGCCUUUCCAUCGACUCUUACUACACCAAUACUUGUUUCUGUUAAAAAAGUAUCCAAUACUAACCAAGUCAAUCACCAGUGGUAUUCUGUCAGGACUUGGAAAUGUUUUAUCUCAAAUUAUGGAGCAACGAGGCAAGGGCCCAAACGUGAAGGCUCUCACCUUUAAUGGUCCAGUCAGAUUUGGAAUAUUUGGGUUGGUUUUCACAGGUCCACUGAGUCAUUAUUUUUACCACUAUAUGGAUAAACUGAUACCAUCCACUGUUCCCUAUUCUCAGAUCAAGAGACUUCUGUUGGAUCGUCUGAUGUUUGCUCCAGUAUUCCUUGCUCUUUUUUUUGUGGUCAUCAGUCUACUUGAGGGGAAGAACCUGAAGUCAUUGAAGGACAAAAUGAAAGCUGGAUACUGGACAGCACUAAAAAUGAAUUGGAAAGUUUGGACAAUCUUCCAGUUUGUUAAUAUUAAUUAUGUGCCGGCACAGUUCCGUGUGCUAUUUGCUAAUCUUGUGGCUCUUUUCUGGUAUGCCUACCUGGCUUCAAUCAAGAGAUGAUGCUAUAGUAUUAACCUUGACCAGAACUUCCUGAGAAUGAUUUCUUCCACUCUUUUAUAUUAAAAAAAACUUUGGAAAGAUAAAUACAAUGAAUGAACCUUGGCCAAAUCCUAAAUUUAACAUAAUUUUCAGUGUUUUCACAAAAUAUCUAAUGGGUAGCUUUUAUGUUUGGAGAAGGAACUGUGAAAUGUGUCGUGACAAUAACAAGAUGUAGAACAAGCCAGCCUGCAGAAUUUACAAAACAGCUUAUUUUUAGUGACUUUUAAUGAUUUAACAUUUAUUAAUUGUAUAAUUUAUUUUGUACAUUGCAUGUGAUAAGUACAGUUGAUCUUAGACUGUAUUUACAAGGAUUCAGCUUCAGAUGUAAACUGCCAGACCAAAGCAAGAUGGCCACCUGAAGUCAAAGUUUUGUUCCAUCCUAACAGUUUUCACUGAUGGUAAUGAAUAUUGUAAUCUUACUAAAUGUGCUCAGGAAUUUUGUUUGUAUUUCCAAAUAUAUUGAUCAAUUACUUGCUCUGAGGUAGUUUCAUUUCAAACAGUUGAUAGAUUCCAUCAUCAAAGUAUGACAUUUUUUGGCAAAGUGCAAGUUGUGUUCAAUGUUUGGAGGGACUCAAGCCAUGAGGUCCACAGUGAUUUCUUACUAUAUUUUUUUCCAAAUAAGCUGUUGUGCAAAAGGUUCACCGGAGCUGAUUAGUUAAUUCUGCUUUCUCUCUGCAGAUUCUGCCAGACCUGCUGAAUUUUCCCAACAAUUUCUGAUUUCUAGCAAGUGUAGUUCUUAGGUUUUUUUUAAUGCCUCAUUAACUACUUACUCCACCACUGUGAUGUACCUCACAUUUCAUUCUGGUCACAUCUUGCCAUGUGCUUUUUCCAGAACAACUCCCCACUUGGUGGAUAUCUGCUGAAAGGCUGAUAUUUCCCCCAUGUCCAUGUCAUCUUUGAAAGGCCACUGUGCAUCUGGUCAAGCAUUGGCAGUCUGGUGUUUCCCUCAACCAUGAACAUGAUGGCACAGCUGCCACAAAGCCAUGCUUUUCAUGGCACACGACUGACACUGCCUUGCAGGUACCACCCUAUUCUCUCACCUCAGUUACCAUUUAACCAUCAUGCCAUACAGUUUACCUGUUCUUAGCAAAUCCUGUCAAAACACGAUCUCUUAGUCACUGUUACUCUUUAUCUGAUGACACCCAUGUUGUCAUAUUCCAUUAGGCGAUCACCACAACUCCUGCAAGCAAAUGGCCAACUCCAAAUAUGACCUUUUAUUGAUAGCCAGCAACUGAACAAUCCAGAGUUGCAGCCUGAUCCAAACUAUGAGCUGUGUACCAAUCCUUGUGUGCAAAGUAACCUUGUUGCAACCUUUCAAAACUAAUUGUCAGUGCAUCCUGCAAUAAGAAUCUGUGUUCCUCAGCAUCCUGCAAAUGAAUUGGAGAAGUGCCAUGGUGAUCGUGGGGUGUUUGCAAAUGGCAGAUGCCACUUUCUUUUGAUAAGGGCUGUGUGGCUGGAGUCCAUGGAUUGUGCCCUGAGAUGCUAUUUAGUGCUGAGUAAUAGGACUCCUUGCAGCCAAUGGUAAGCUGAAAUUACUAGGUACCAGCUGUGAUUUCCAAAUUGAGAUUUUGUUAUGCCCAGUUUGGGUGUUUGGUAAGAUAGGAAACUGUACAUACAAGCUAUGGUUCCCAUAAUUGGCAACUUGCAGCAUGGCAAAUGCAUAAAAGAUGCAGCUAUUUGCUCCUAAUGUCAAGAUUGGCCUGUCACAAAUCUCACCAUUAGCCAUGUUGCUCAGACCUCUAUAAAAUUCCACCCUGUAUGUCUAAAGCAAAAGUGCUAUGCUAUGAUUUGAUUUAUCAUGUAGUACUGUUGCAUAUCAUGGUAUGUUGUAAAGAAAUAGCCAACAAGAUAUGUAUACAUUAUAACACUGUAUGAAAUACCUGAAUCAUUGUCUUUUAUUAUGGAUAAAGUAAAUUUGUCCUGGAAAAAUAUUGUACGUGAGGCUUCAGUUACACUUGUGGUAAUGGUAAAGGAUU